AUGGUAUGGCCUCCUUUUUCUCCCCAAACUAUCUGCUACAAUUCCAACUGCCCCAUGAAGAUGAACACCGGCAACUCCCAGCACCAGGCAUGCCUCCAUUCCACAACCUGCAAGACCUCACAGCCACGGCUCCACUUCUCUAUCCCGUGUAGGAGAAAAGAUCCAUGUCCUUACUGUGCCGGGAUCGGUAACGCAAGCGAUGACAUACACAACAUUGCAAAGGCUGAGGAUGAGUUCUCUGAUGAUGGCAUGCAAUCAGGGGAGAAGAGGAGGAGGCUGAACACAGAACAAGUGAGGGCACUGGAGAGGAGCUUCGAGCUGCAAGGAAAUAAACUGGAGUCAGAUAGGAAACUACAGUUGGCCGCCGCAUUGGGGCUGCAUCCAAGGCAGAUAGCCAUUUGGUUCCAGAACAGGAGGGCCAAGUGGAAGACCAAGCAGCUGGAGAUGGAUUAUGAGCUGCUCAAGACCCAAUUUGAUGCAUUCAAAUCCCGGAACGAGGCCCUGAAACAGCACAACAAGAAGCUCCAAUCUGAGAUCUUGGCUCUCAAAGGCAGGGAAACAACACCACAAGUCAUCAAUCUCAAUAAAGAAACCGAAGGUUUUUUCAGCAAUAUGAGUCGGAACACCUCUGAGAUCGAACAAUAUUACAAGAAUGUUGAAAAUAUUCUAGAGGAUGGAAGUUACUGUAACUUACUGUGCUGCAUGGGCGAUCAUUAUUUGGUACCCUUUUGGUCAAGGUCAUAACACCUCGGCUUCCAUUGAUACAUCAUGCUGAGCUAGCUAGGAAUGGAAAGCAGCAUCCAAGUAAAGAUAAAAUGUUGUUAAAUAUUUCAAUCUGGUUUGUGUAUUAUGAAGUAGGAAAAGCCGAUGUAAUUUUAAUAAAAUUGUGUAUUUUUUGUCAAUUAUAAUCGUCCGAGGCUGUUUUGCAA